AUGGCCUCUACGGCCGCAGAAUCUCUCUCCAUCCAACCAUGGGCGCGUACCGGCGGCGAGGACGGCGCGCUCAUGGACAUCCUCGCACGCGCCAAUUUCGAGCGUGGUCACUUUCGCGACAUCUCAGAGGCUACUUUGCAGGAAGAGCUAGCCACCGACGGUGCGCUUGAGCUCAGUGAGAGCGAGGACGAUGAUGAAGAAGAAGAAGAAGAAGAAGAGAAAGAGGUGGAGGCAGGAGCAGUGAGCAGCGACGGAGUCCGGCCAACCACGCGCGAAGAGCUGUACAAGGCAAAGUACGAGAUGCUUGGGAAAGUGAGGGCGGCAGAGCAGGAGAUCCUGAUGGCACUGGACUUUGUGUCGCUUUUGGUGUCCAAAGACGUACCGAAGCAGGGCGCGUCGACCAUGUCGCCAUUCUUGAAGCAAGCUGUUCCUAUGGGAACGCUGGGAACCGAUCUCUGGCAACGGAUGCCCGCAGACAAGGCUCGGGAGGCUCAAGAUGAGUUACUGGCUACCGAGGUCAAGAUGGAGGGGCUCCAACAGAGCGCAGACAAUUUGCUGGGAGCUGCGAAUCGACUCCGGGACAACGUUCAGAAAGAGACCGAGUACUGGAACCAAGUGCUUUCGAUAUCAGAAGAGGGCUGGAACGUCUGUCGGAUACCAGGACAGCCGAACAGACUUGCAGUGCGAUUUGGCUUCAGCGAAAGCUCGCCCGAGUUUUCAAGGAGAGGCAUGGCUGCGCUAAUCUCGACUUCUGACGGCAAGAUCACGCUGGAACGGGGUGUCGGAAGCAAGCCGAAGAGUCUACGUGUUGUUAUGCGGAAGGGGAGCAGGAUUGUUGGCACGUCGAAAUUGCCCGAUAGUCCUGACGCCGAUGAUACCACUCUCGCGGCGCGCAUUCGCUACGCUAGAGACAGUUUGUACGACGAAGAGCUUUACCAUGAGAUGCUCCGGGAAAGCCGCACUCUCACGUCGCUUGGUGUGCACAUGUCCGGGUCGGAAAUCCACUUCAACAGGCAAGCAGAACUCGACGACAGCUUCGACAUUUCAAUGGACCUGAUUGCGUUAGACGAGGCUCCCGACAUUCAGUACGAUCCUUCGAGUCCGCAAGAUAGGCUAGCGCAGAUGACAGUACUGGCUGCAAGGUUGCUGCUGAGUCAAGCACAUCGAGAUCGUCUGAAGAAGAGGUCUGGAGUGCCGCCGCCCAUGUCAGACAAGCGAAACGACAGCAAGCCGUUACUACCGAUCUUACGACCGUUGCUGUCGCUGGUUAUGCAUCACCGGACUGUGGAACGCCUCAACGCGUACCUCGACCUGGUGGCAAGCAUAGUAAAGACGGCCAAGUGCGAACUUGAAACGCAACAUGCUCGCUUCGAACUCCCACAAGACGCUCAGUCGUCGACCACGGAAAGCCUCAUCUCGAUGCUAAUGCAAACUUGGACAUCUCACGUUCAACUAACAGUGAAGAAUUGCGAAGGAGGAGACGAGAGCAUGACCUCGACCAUUGAGACGUCCUUGGCGAACAACAGCAGCUUCGGAUCAGCCAUUACGCUUGCCUCGUCAGAUGCGGACAAGCAUCACUUCGAUGAUCAUGAAGGGCUCAUCGGCGCUGCUGAUGCAAAGGUGGCCUCAAAUCUAGCCAGAGGACUACUUGCUGUGACUGACAAGCACUGGGUAUUCGAGGAGACCGAAGCACUCUUGGUAAAGGACACAGCGGCGGGUGAGAAAAGUGAAGCUAUAUGGGUCGCCUUGGAUAGUGAAAGCAAGACUCUGACGCUGCAAUCGCUGAAGAAGAAAUUCUUCUGGACGUUGGGAGGGGAGCAAUCACAGGAAAGCUUUGCUGAGGCGGCUGCUGAGCUGCUUGGACCUAGGAAGGGUAGAUGA